UAUGAAAGUCCCAGCACAUAAGACGGGUUGCCCGCUGAUUCACGCCUCGUACACACCACACCACUAUACCUCGCGCGGUAGAGCAAUCAGCAUGGAGCAGGUUCAAAGUGCACUUCGGCUAAUCAUCGUUAUUCUCACAGUAUCUGAUGGGAUGGCAGUUGGGAAUCGCCUGCCCCUUUCGGCACAGUUGACUCGCAUGCAGUCCAAGAUAGAUGUCUUACGGCGAGAUGUUGAUCAGUUACUGUCGGAAUUACACAGAUCACCCAUGUACUCACCAGCACCAAUCAACACAAUAGGUGAUGGUUACGUCUAUGCUCACUGCAGGAUGGUACCCAAUGGUAUUUACAAUCCAGAUACAUAUGAACCAAUCGUGGGGGAUAUUGACAUGCGUCAACGGGCAGUUGGCGGCCAGAUGGACGUGAAGGUGUUCCUAUACGGAUUCAGUCAACCCAACAGCAAGCACGGUCUACACAUCCACACCUACGGCGACCUGAGGAAUGGAUGCGGGUCAGCUGGAGGUCACUAUAAUCCUGGUGGAAACAACCACAGCGCCCCCUACGAUUCAGACAGGCACAUGGGUGACUGGGGCAACGUCCAGGCGGAUGAGUCCGGCAUGGUGCAGACGUCAUUUAGCGACAAGGAAGCGGUCAUUGUGGGCAAGAAUACGGUCAUUGGCCGGACCAUUGUAAUCCAUAUUGGGGAGGAUGACAUGGGAAACGGAGGGAAGGAAGAUAGCAAGAUGACUGGCAAUGCUGGUGGUAGGUUGGGAUGCUGUGUGAUCGGCCUGUCAGACGGCAAAGCAUGGGAGGAUAUGUAAAGCGUUUACGUCAUCGAUCAAGGUCUAAAGGCCGUCUUGGAAAAAUACUCUUAUGGUGCUCAAUAUGAUUUUACUCGGUUGAAAUAAUGACAAUGGCACUUUUCGAAUUCAAGGCUUCGGCUCCAGAUUCGGCCCAGGAUAGCUUGGCCCUCGGUUGUUUUGACAGUUGUGCACGGUGCUUCAAACGAGAGGACGGAGCCUGAAGGCGAAUCCAAAGCCGAAGCCGUGGUUUCGAAAAGGGUCUAUCGGUGUUUAACGUCAGCCAUUUUGAAUCCAGGAUACCAUCAUCACUGCCGUAGUCUCCGAUACAUUUUUGUCUUAUCACGCUGCAGGUUUAUACCAAGCCUUCUUGUAUUUGUUUCCGGUUUGUAAACUUAUGUCACACUUCACCCGAGUUUGUAUGCGUAAUUUUCUACGUCACAUAAGUUCUCCCGAGGUAAUUUUAUCGGCGUCUGUUUUUAUACAGGUAUUUCUAUACGUCACACUUCCCCGAGUUUAUAAUUAUAUACAUACUUCUCCCCGAGUUUGUAUGCGUAUUUUUCUACGUCAUAGUUCGUGUACGUAAUACGUCACACUUAUAUACGUAUUUCUAGGCGUCAUGCUUCUCUCUGAAUUUGUACACGUAUUCUACGUCAUAGUUUGCUCAUAAUUACAUUAUGGCGUAAAAACAUAACUGCUGUCACAAUAAUGUCCAAAAAGUCUGACAUAGGCCGGAACCAAUUUUGUAUUUGUUUAGCCUAUAGGGUUUAGUUCUAUUCAAAUCAAAUCUCAUGACAAUUGUUUUGAGUGAUCUGGAGCUGUACCUGCGUGUGUAUGAUUUUGUUGUUUUCUUAAAGUAUAUCACCUAUAGAAACCACUUACGUAGAACGAUUUAAACUAGUCAUUGUAUAUGUAGAAACAACUUAGCCCAAAUUUCUUAAAGGCUGCGAAUAUAUUUUAUAAUAUUACAUGUUUGUUAGACUUAUGAAUUAUAUGUAGUUUUUGUCCGUUUGGUCUCUUUGAUGACAGUCUUUCUCAAAAUAAACUUUGUUGGGUUUUUACCCUCAAUCACA